AUGGCUGCAGAAAAGAUCUUGGAGACCCUGGAUCACUAUAAAUCGGAGAUUGAGCGGUUGACCAAAGAACUGACUGAGACCACCCAUGAAAAGAUCCAGGCGGCUGAAUAUGGGCUGGUGGUCUUGGAAGAGAAGCUGACCCUUAAACAGCAGUACGAUGAGCUGGAAACUGAAUAUGAUGUCCUCAAACAGGAGCUGGAGCAGCUGAGAGAGGCAUUUGGACACUCAUUCUCCGUCCACCGUAAAGUAGCUGAAGAUGGUGAGACCAGGGAGGAGACCCUCCUUCAGGAGUCGGCAUCCAAGGAAGCUUAUUAUCUUGGGAAGAUCUUGGAAAUGCAGAACGAGCUGAAGCAAAGUAGAACGGUGGUUACCAACGUUCAAGCGGAGAAUGAACGACUGACAGCAAUUUUGCAGGACUUGAAAGAGAACAAUGAAAUGGCAGAGUUGCAGAGGAUUAGGAUGAAAGAUGAAAUCCGAGAGUAUAAAUUUAGGGAGGCGCGGCUUCUUCAGGAUUACACUGAACUUGAAGAAGAAAACAUUACUUUGCAAAAGCUGGUUUCCACACUGAAGCAGAAUCAGGUGGAAUAUGAAGGCUUGAAACAUGAGAUAAAACGAUUUGAGGAAGAGACGGUGUUGCUUAAUAGCCAGCUAGAAGACGCCAUCCGGUUGAAGGAGAUUGCUGAACAUCAGCUAGAGGAGGCCUUGGAGACCUUAAAGAAUGAAAGGGAGCAGAAGAACAAUCUGAGGAAGGAACUGUCUCAGUAUAUCAAUUUAAACGAUAGCAUGUAUAGUAAUCACAUUAAUAUCUCAGUAGAUGGAUUAAAGUUUGGAGAAGAUGGGAAUGAACCCAAUAAUGAUGACAAGAUGAAUGGACAUAUUCAUGGUCCUCACAUGAAACUGAAUGGGGAUUUUCGGACUCCCAGCGUUAGGAAAGGAGAAUCUUUGCACCCCGUCUCUGAUCUCUUCAGUGAGCUGAACAUCUCUGAAAUGCAGAAACUGAAGCAGCAGCUCAUGCAGGUGGAGCGUGAGAAAGCUAUUCUGCUGGCUAAUCUUCAGGAAUCCCAGACGCAGCUGGAGCACACCAAAGGGGCCCUCACCGAACAGCAUGAACGUGUCCAUAGGCUCACCGAACACGUCAACGCAAUGAGGGGUCUGCAAAGCCACAAAGAGCUGAAAGAAGUCGAUUUUGAGAAAGGCCGAGAUUCUGGGGAGGAAACCCACGAUUAUGAAGUGGACAUCAACGGCUUGGAGAUCCUAGAGUGUAAAUACAAGGUAGCCGUUACCGAGGUGAUUGACCUCAAAGCUGAAAUCAAAGCCUUAAAAGAGAAGUACAAUAAGUGCGUUGAAAACUACACCGAGGAAAAGGACAAGUAUGAGAGCAAGAUCCAGAUCUACGACGAGCAGGUCUCCAGCUUGGAAAAGUCAACGAAGGAAAGCCACGAGAAAAUGGUGCAGAUGGAAAAGGAGGUGCAAAGGAUUACAGGCGUUGCCAACGAGAACCACAAUACCCUCAAUGCCGCUCAGGAUGAGCUGGUGACUUUCAGCGAAGAGCUGGCUCAACUCUAUCAUCAUGUCUGUCUGUGUAACAACGAGACUCCGAAUAGGGUUAUGCUGGAUUAUUACAGGCAAAGUCGAGUUACGAGAAGUGGGAGCUUGAAGGGACCUGACGAUCCAAGAGGGCUGCUAUCUCCACGCCUUGCCAGGAGAGGGACGGCACUCCCUGUAGAAAUCAGGGUGCCAACUGAACAGGGUUCAAAAGAGAGCACAGAAGCCAAUAAAGAGCCCAGCCCAACAAAGACCCCCACCAUUUCUCCUGUCAUUACAGCCCCUCCUUCCUCCCCGGUUUCUGACACCAGUGACAUUCGGAAAGAGCCCAUGAAUAUUUACAACCUCAAUGCCAUAAUACGGGACCAAAUCAAGCACUUGCAGAAAGCAGUAGAUCGGUCAUUGCAGCUGUCCCGGCAGCGUGCAGCGGCCCGUGAACUGGCACCUAUGAUUGAUAAGGACAAGGAGGCUUUAAUGGAAGAAAUAAUGAAAUUAAAGUCCCUGCUUAGCACGAAAAGGGAACAGAUAGCAACCCUCAGGGCAGUGUUGAAAGCCAACAAGCAGACAGCAGAAGUGGCCCUGGCGAACCUGAAGAAUAAAUAUGAGAACGAGAAAGCCAUGGUAACAGAAACGAUGACUAAACUGCGCAACGAAUUAAAAGCUUUGAAAGAAGAUGCAGCAACCUUCUCAUCCUUGAGAGCCAUGUUUGCAACCAGGUGUGAUGAGUAUGUCACCCAGUUGGAUGAGAUGCAGAGGCAAUUGGCAGCUGCAGAGGAUGAGAAAAAGACCUUAGAUUCUUUGCUGCGGAUGGCUAUCCAGCAAAAGCUCGCCCUGACUCAACGCUUGGAAGACUUAGAGUUUGAUCACGAGCAGUCCCGGCGGACCAAAGGCAAAUUUGGGAAAACCAAGAUCGGCAGCCCUAAAGUAAGUGAGGAGGCAUCAGCCACCGUGUCAACCAUAGACACUUUCCUCCUGCAUAGUCAGGGCCCACAACCACCAAACAUACUGGUCAGCAGUGGCACUCAGAGGAAAAGACAAUUCUCACCUUCCCCUUGUGAUCAGAGCCAUUCCAGGACUUCAGGGACCUAUCUACUGCCUUUAUUAAGAACCCCCUCAGAUCACACCUCCACAGAGCCAUUUCUUCUGAGGGGCCCCAUUUCCAUGAAUGAAUCCUUCCAUGGGCACCGUCUCAGCAAGGAAAAAAGGUUAACCGUAGCCAUCCCAGUCGUGGCUCCAGUGGAACGUUUCCAAGUACAGGACAUCUCUCCUGAGGAACACUUGAGAGCCAUUUUGAUGGAUUUGGCAUCUAGGCCCAAAACAUGUUACCAAAAACAAGAUUGUCAGCAGCCUGCUGCCUCACUACCGCCACACGGCUCACAACUAACCAGGAGGCAACGCUGUCAGACUGUCAGUCCUGAUGUAGCUCUUCCAGAAGAACAGCCACAUUCCAGCUCUCAAUAUACCCCUCCUGUCAGCUGUCUACUUAAGCCUCCUCCUUAACAUCGUGCUUCAUAUGCAACCUAAGAUUUUUUGGGGAAAUCUCACCACAUGGACUGAACUGGAGUUCUUACAGCAAAGGAACAGUUUGUAUCAAGCAUGACUGCCUUGUUGCUGCUGCUGAGUCCAGACACCAUCUAGAGUCUUAACAAAGGAAGGCAUGUGGAAACGCUUUAAAGCACAGUGCCCAGACUGCUGAAAAAUCUUCAAGGUUCCUUUGUGUGCAUCAUCUGAUCAAAACUACCCAAAGGAAGUCAGACUUGUUCCUUCCAAUUGUUUGGCUAGGACUACUAAUGUGCCGGGAACCUAGACUCCUACCGAAUAAAAGCAAAGAAAAUAUGCUACCAGUCUUAUUUUGCCCAUUCAGCUCAAGCUACUAACUCCAUAUGGCAUUUUAUAUAUAUAUAUAUUUUCCCUGACAUAUUUGCACCAAAAAGUAUGGUUAUUAGAAAUGACGUGUGGAUGAGUUUUUUAAACUUUUUUAAAAAAUAAUUUACAUUGAGAUUUGUUUUGUUUUUUUUGUUCAGUUAGGAUUUGUUUUUAUUUUAAUUUUAAAAUGUAUACAUAUUUUAUUUGGAGAUAGCUCGCCUUGGGCAAAAUACAGCCUGGUGUUUUGUUUGUUUUAUUGCACAACAUUGUAGAAGAUACAUUGAAAUGAAUGUGUAUUGGGGGGGGGAAUUGCAGAGGAAGUUGGGUGUGCCAAAAUUGCAUCAAAAUAAAUAGGCACACAAUGAAGCACUUACAUUGCAUUGAUUUCAAGAUAAUUCUGGCAUGCCUCAUUUUCUCUGAACUGUGUCUUUUGACUGGUACUACAGAAGUCUGCUGCACUGGUAUUGUUUACACAGUUGUUUUAUACAAUACUGUAUUAGCUGCUGGUUCCUUUAUACCUUCAAACUGAUUAAGCCUGAAAAAGGGUUUUCUUGAAUAAUAUAUGCAUAAUUGUUUCCUUGUGCUUAUUUUUGUGUUUCAGGGUAUCAUUUUGUUUUAAGGAUCUUUUCCUUUUUUUUCUGGGCAAACUAAUGACUCGGUGCUUUUUUCAGUUUUAUUGUUUGGUAUCCAGACAAAAAAAAAUUCAAAUGAACUUGAAGUAAACAUAAUGUAUUUUAUGAUAAUUGAAAUAAAUGCAGGAUACCUUUCACUUUACUCCCAAAUCCAGUAUUAUCAGACUAGGGCCUUCCUUUGAUAAAAACCAAGUGGUGGUGGGGUAACAGAUGAUCAAAAUUGGCGCAUUUGGUGGGGAAUAUUAAGCAAAGGAAGUGGGAUUGGUAUCUUGGAUUGAAGAACAUAGGUUUAGAUUCUUGCUUUAAGAGAUUGUCUGAACUGUCAGCAGUUUUUAUUCUAGCCCAUUCCAUAACAAAUAACUCAGGUCAGGGUGCACAGGUUGUUCCUGCAUUGCUUGGCAUUCUUCGUUCAAGAAUUUUCCCAUUAAAUUUGAGAA